AUGUUAGUGUAUCAAGAUCUUCUUACUGGCGAUGAACUUCUCUCUGAUUCAUUCCCAUACAAGGAAAUUGAGAAUGGGGUGCUGUGGGAAGUGGAAGGAAAGUGGGUUGUUCAAGGAGCGAUUGAUGUAGACAUUGGUGCUAACCCUUCUGCAGAAGGUGGAGAUGAUGAUGAAGGUGUUAGUGAUCAGGCUGCCAAGGUUGUCGAUAUUGUCGACACCUUCAGACUUCAGGAGCAACCUGCUUUUGACAAGAAGCAAUUCGUUACCUACAUGAAGAGGUACAUUAAAUUGCUGACACCCAAAUUGGAACCAGAACAGCAAGAGGUGUUCAAGAAGAACAUUGAGGGAGCUACUAAAUUCCUGCUUCCAAAGCUCAAGGACUUCCAAUUCUUUGUGGGCGAGAGCAUGCAUGAUGAUGGCGCUCUGGUGUUUGCAUACUACAAGGAAGGUGCUACUGAUCCAACUUUUCUCUACUUUGCUCAUGGGUUGAAGGAAGUCAAGUGUUAA